AUGUGCCUGCGGACAGGUCUCUGCUUCUACCAGCCCCACACGGGCUUCCCCGAGGCGCCGCACAGCCACGAUGUGGUGCCUGUUUCACAGCAGGGCGACCCCGGGAGACAGCCAGUGCUGCUUCUCAAAGAUGACACGGUGAGCCCAGUGGGCCAGUUCCAGAGACGUGUGCGUGCAGACACGCGCGGCUGGCCACCGAGGGGGCUGGCGAGUCCCCAAGGCCGCACUGCACUGCUCUCCAAGGCUGGGAAGGCCUCCCGCAAGCGGCUACAGCCAGGCCGCCCGAGGGGCAGGAAGCCCCCGCGGAGCGAACGGAGGAGUCGGGACGACCUGGAGUGCCCGCAGCUCAACCCCCGCUGCUGCGCCCUGCGCCCGAGUCUAGGCUCACUUACUGAGGCGCUGGAUUCAAAGCGGAAAAGCCGCCCCGAGCUCCAGCGAGUCCCAAGCCAGCGCGGGCGGCCGAGGACGACCGCAAGGCCCUCGGUGGAGACCACGCGCCUCCGGCCACACGACAGCGAACGCCGGGAACAGCACCCACACUCCAAGACCAGACCCUCUAACGAAACUUCACGUCCGUGCAGGGCGUCCACACGAACCAGCCGGGUGAGAGGGCAGGGCCCACUGCAGCCGGCGGCACCGUGCGAAGCCCCCGGACGCGGACGCCCGCGGGACUUGGGCCCCCGGGGAAGAGCGGCGCCCCCGCCCUCGGACCCGCGGGCCUCUCGCACUGCCAACUUGGGCCAACGGACGGUUCUGCGCUACCGUCCCCUCCGGCCCGUUCACGUCCGGAUCAGGGCCCCCGAGCAAACACCCUCCUCCGGCGGACCCAGCCCCAGGCAGGCGCCCACGCGCGGCGGGGGCCUCCGAGUGGCCUCGGGAGCCGCCCCCUCCUCUCCUCCCUCCCGCCAUCCCCGCGGCCGCCGCCAUCUUCUCUUCUCGGCGGGAGUGCAGCGAGGGCCGGCGCGGCCGGCGCGGCCGGCGCUGGGUCGGCCUCCCGCUCCGCCGCCGCCCCCGAGUGCGGCCCUGCGGCGGCCGGCCCCUCUGCCCGGCGGCCGGGAAGCCACUCACCGCGGGUCGCAGGCCUCAGGGGUCCAGCAGCCAUUUCCUCGGAGCUCAGCGGAGUGGGCGGGAGGGCGGGGUCGACGCCGGGCACCGAGGCGCGGGGCUAGAGGGGCCGGCCGCGUCCGGAGCAGCGCCCCCGCGCGGAGGAAGGGGGCCCCGCCCCGCGCGCGCGCCUGCGCCCUGCGCCGCGGCUCCCGUAGCCCGAAGCCCGCAGCCGGAGGAGACUCCAGACGGGGAGCCCCAGGCGGGCUGGUCCCCGGCGGGGCGCCCUGGGGCCUGGGCUGGCUUUGUGGCGAGGCGGCGGGGACGAGGGUAAAGAAGCAGCCGUGCUCUCGAGUUUGUGCAGCAAACCGGUCCCACCACCUCCCGCACGACCAGCUUGGGCACAUCUGCCCGCAAGAGCUGCAAGGAGCGAGCGGGAGGAGCCCCCGCUCCGCCGCGGCCCGCGAGCAGGCACAGAACGAGCACCCGCGCGCCUCCGCGCGUCCCCGCGCCCGCCGCGCCGCGCCGUCGCCGAAGGCGCUCCCGCAGCCGCCGCCCCGCCUGGCGCAGCCAGCGGACGCCAGGCCUGCGCGGCAGGCGCCCCGGGGGCGGGCCCGGGUCUUCUGCCCCCGCAGGCGGCGAGCGAGAGCGCGCUCGCCGAGGCGGGAGGAGCGAGCGCGCCUCGAGGAGAGUUCUGCGCAAGGGCGGAAGCGGGAGUCCCGCGCUUCCGGGCGGCCGCCGCGCCCCGCCCCCCUCGCGGGAGCGCUUGAUUGGCUGCAGGCUGGAGAGCCUGCGCUCUCGCGAUUUCGCGGGAGGUGCCUGAAGGGGCGGCUGUCCGUGCGUCUGCCCUCCCGUUCCCCGCCCCCGCCUCCGCCGCGGCUCCCGCCUCCGCCUCCCAUCCCCGGCGCCUCGCCGCCCUCCUGGCUUGCCCCCCCCCCCCCGCCCCGAACGGCCGUGGAGACCGCGCAGCGCGGGAGGCGGGAUCCGCACGGUAAGAUGGCCGCGGCGGACCCAGGCGGCCGGGCCGAGCUUCGCCGCGGGAGCGCGGCGGGCCGGGGUGGGGCUGGGCAGGGGCGGGGUGGAGGCCGGGGAGGGCGGCCGGGAUAG